CGUCCUCUGUAUUCCCAGGACUGUCCAGAGGAGAAGGUCCCAGAGAAUCCUCAGAUGACAAAUCAGGAGGAAGAUCUGACUGAUAUUAAAGUGGAGGAUGAAGAAGAGAGGAUGAUGAGUGAUCCCCUAUGUAAGAGUGAGGUGGAGGAGGACAUUCAUGGACAUGUCACUACAGGAAAUCCCAGUAGGAAUUCUGAAGGAAAUUUCAUGUUAUCACUAAAUUAUAAUGAAGAUGAAGAUAUCAUGCAGCGCUCUUCAGGAGAAAACCUUAAUGUACAUCCAGGACUUCAGAGUACAGAUCUAUUAUAUAAUCCCCUUAAUCAUCAAGAAUCUUUUCCUGACCAAUCACAGAUUGUUACCACAACUAAAGGGGAUAAAGGGUUUCACUGUGUUAAAGAGCUCACAAAAAUCUCAAGUCAUUCUACAGACAGAGGAUUUCACACAAGGGAGAAGGCAUACUCCUGUUCAGAAUGUGGGAAAUGUUUUACAGAUAAAUCAAAUCUUGUUAUACAUGAAAGAAUUCACACAGGAGAGAAACCAUAUUCAUGUUCAGAAUGUGGAAAAUGUUUUAAAUAUAAAUCAGUUCUUGUUGGACAUAAGAGAACUCACACAGGAGAGAAACCAUAUUCGUGCUCAGAAUGCGCCAAACAAUUUACACAGAAAUCAGAUCUUGUUAAACAUGAGAGAAUUCAUGUGGACUGA